AUGGAGCGCAGGAACACCUUCGACGUUGGACGACCGCACCUGUUUAACGAGAGGUAUAAGCUCGACGAUGGGCACAAGGAUGUCUUGAGUCGGAAGAUGAGGGUGUACGCCUUCUUGUUCGAAGGCAAAACUGGAACUUUUAUAAGGCUGAUGGAAGUGGUGUUAAGUAUUUUUUGGUGCGCUACGCUGGUGGCGGAGACCUACGUGGUAGAGCCGUAUUUGAUCAAAAUUUCGAAUUAUUCUGUGGGGGGGAUUUUUUGCUUGCUGUAUUUGUUUCGCCUGUACUAUGCAGAGAACCGUUUGCUGUUCGUCGUUUCCGUCUACUCGUUCAUUGAUUACAUAACGAUCAUUCCGGCCUUCAUUCCAAUAAGCAGCAUCAACAUCUUGCAGGUUUUGUCGAUUUUGCGCAUUUUUCGACUGCAUCGAAUUGUCCAGUUUGCCCAGUCCGACAACAUUCGCCAGAUCUUCUAUAUUUCGUUCUGCAUCAUUUCGUUUUUGUUCAUAUCGACGGCGCUCAUGUACGUCGCGGAGUCGAGCGAGCUCGGGAAUUUCCACACUUCUUUCUAUUUCGUGGUCGUCACGAUAUUCACCGUGGGGUUCGGAGAUUACACGCCGACGAGCGAGAUAGGCAGGUUGAUAGUCAUCAUCAUGAUCUUCACGGCGGUUGUCCUCAUCCCCUUGCUGGGUUACUCCGUGUCUAGACUGGUUGGGUUGAGGGUCAACCCGCUGCACACGGCGUACUCCGCGUCGUCCGGGUCCAAGCACACGGUCAUUUUUUGCGCGUCGCUGCACAUGCACUCGAUGAAUCACUUUUUGACGGAGUUUUUGAUCAAGUUCCGCGUCGUGAGGAGAGUCAACAUGCACUUGCUGAUAGUGCUCGACGCGACCGCGUCCCUCGAGUUGACGAAGUUCCUGGUGGCCAUUUCGCGCAGCAGCCCGUGGGUGCACGUGUAUCACGGCACGCCGCUGAACUCGGAGGACUUGGAGCGCGUCGACUUGAGGAGGGCGGAGUCGGCGGUGCUGAUCUACGAGGACGACAACGACACCUGCCUCGCCAACAUGGCGAUCCGCAACUACCGCAGGGACUUGCCGAUCUACGCGCUGGUGUUCAGGCCGGAGAUGAGGCGGUUGAUGAAGGCGUCGGCGCCGAUAAACAUAGAUCGGGGCGACGCGGAGGUCGUCUUGAUAUCGAGGCUGGAGAUUUGCCACGCGCUCAUAGCGCGGUCCGUGCACAUCAGGGGGUUUUGCACGUUGAUUAGCAACUUGGUGAGGAGCAGGAUUCGUCGCGGAGUCGAUUCGAGCGCGAGUCGCUACGCGGAGUACGACAGCGGUUUUGACUACGAGAUUUAUUUUGGCGUGAUUCCGACCUUAUUUUCCGGAGUGGAGUUUUUCGAGGUUUGCAAGCUGAUUUACCAGCUGUUCAAUUCCGUCAUCAUCGGUUUCAUAAGCAUCGAGUCCAAGCAGACCAUUCUCAACCCUGGCUUCGGCUACCUCAUUCAGGGCAACGAGUUGGGCGUCUUUUUGGCCAGAGACUCGUCCAUAGCCUCUAAGAUCAAGGACAUCCCCCCGAGGGACUUGGUUCACAUCAAGCAGGCGACCGGGGGCUUCUCCAAGGACUGCGCUUCCGUCGAUUCGGCCGGCCCGGUCAGGGAGGUCCGCCAUCCCUAUUACGACGUCGACAACAGUUUGGAGCACCGCCGCACGCAGAUAAGUUGGUACAGGGAGGUCCAGCCCAUGGAGCUCGUUCAUUAUUACCUCGCCGUGCGCGAUUCGCAGCUCUUGCAGAACAACUACCAGGUUCUCGACUCGCCUCGAACCUACCGCUCCGCCCAGAUCGAGCAGGUGCCCAAGUCCAAGCAUAUCAUCAUCUACGGCGUCACGCGAUGCUGGCCCUACAUCAUCGCCCCGCUGAGGUCCAAGGUCAUACCUUCCUUCCAGCCCAUCGUCAUCGCCACCCCGGACACCUUUCCCGCCGAUCAGUGGCAGUCGAUAAGCCACUUUCCCGAGGUCUACUUCCUGUCGAACGCCUCGCUGCUGCGGCGAAGGGACCUCGACCGCCUCAGCGUCGAGACCGCCACGCACGUCAUCCUCCUCGAUUCGGAGGAGCACACCUCCUCCCACUCCGAGGUCCUCAUCGGGCAAAAAUACACCGAGCUGGACCUCCUGGAAGUCCCCGAAUACCUGAGGCCCCUGAGCAUCCCGAGCCAAAAGGGCCGAGACAUCCUGCUCAUCUACUCGUUCAUCAAGACCUACUACCCGCACGUCCAGGUCAUCCUGUCCCUGCAGUCCGAGUCCACGCUGCGCUUCCUUCACAGGGCCGAGUACGGCACCAAGUACUACCUCUUCCGCGAGUUCCGCAACGGCAUGGCCUUUUCCACCAUGGAGACGCUCCACCGCAUCCUCGCCCAAACCGUCUACAACCCGCUCCUCAUCGACGUCGUCAACGAGCUCGUCUUCGGCAAGCGACUCUUCAAGUCCGGCACCGGCCACGGCAACCUGCAGAGCACCGUCAUCCGGCUCGACCCGGUCCCGAAGAGCUACUGCGGGCGCACCUACGAGACUCUCUUCUGCGACUUCAUACAGACCCAAAUGAUCAUCCCCAUCGGCCUCUACAGGACCAAGAAGCACUCCAAAAAAGAGAAGUUCAUCCACUACGUGUUCACCUGUCCCCCCAACGAAACCAUCCUCGAAAAGCACGACCUCGUCUACCUGCUGCUCCCCCACCACCACUGA